AUGUCUAAUGAUAAAAGCGGUAGUUCAAAAAAUAAUAAAAAAGGUAAUAAUGGUUUAUUAAACAUGCAAUUAAAAGACUGGCAUUGGAAUACAUAUGCUAUUUAUAAGAAGGAAAAGUUUAAUGAAUUGUUAUCAAUGGUAGGUCAUCAACAUUCAAUAUACAGUAGUGGUGGUGGAUAUAAAUAUUAUAAAUGUAAAGAUAAUCAAUGCUCAGCUAAAUUAAGAAUUCUUUCAAAAAAAGAUGAUGAAAAAAUUGUUGUUUUUGUUAGGCAAGUUCAUACUUGUGGUUAUGAUUGGAAUGAACUUAUAAAUGGUGAUGAUGUGAUAAAAUUAGAUAAUUUUGAACAAAUUAAUGAUAAAAAAAAUAAUACUGUCUCUGUUACUUUUAAUGAAAGAAAAAAAAGAAGAAAAUCAGAUGAUGUUUCUGGUAGAAGAAAGAAGACUACAGUAAUUGACAAAAAGGCUUUAUCUUUUACUUGUGAAAGUGAUGCUAAUUGUAAUAAAAAUGAAAAAGAUUUUUCUCUUAAUUAUACAAUUCCGAAAAAGAAAAGAAAAACAAAUAAACAGAAUAAAUCUGAAACUAAUGGAUUAAUAAUUCAGUCAAUAAAUGAUGAAGACGAAAGUAGUGAAAAUGAUAACGAAGAUUUUACAUCAUCUCUCAAAUCAAUGUCAGAAUCUUCAUCAAGUCAUGAAAGUACACCUGAAUCAGUUGUUAAAAAUUUUACAAGACCAAAAAGAAAAAGUGCAAUUAAAGCUAUGGAAACAAAAGUUUUAUUAAAUGGAAAUUUUAAAACUGAUGAUGAUGAUUUUGAAGAUAGUGAUGAUGAUGAUUAUACUGAAGAAGGCAAUAAAUCAUUUGAUGAAGAAGAAAAUAGUGAUGUAGAUGAUACAAAUUGUAAUAACCAACCAGCUACUUCAAGACGUUUUCAACCAUAUAAUAUUUGUAAGAUAGAUUUUAAAAAUUUUUGUGGAUUUUGUAUGAAAGAUGAUUAUAGUGAAGAUCAACUUCUUCAAUGUAUUACUUGCAAAAUUAAAGUUCACGAACAUUGUUAUUAUGUUAAAAAUACUUUUCAACCAAACAAUAAAAGAAUCAUUUCACCAUGGUUUUGUAAUGAAUGUCUUUCAAAUUCAAAGUCAUCAAGUUGUAUAGGAUGCCAUGAAAAUCAUGGACCAAUGAAACAAACAGAAAAUGGAUGGAUUCAUGGAUUUUGUGCAUUGUAUAAUAAUGAUAUUUAUGAAGAAUUAGUUGAUAAUCUAGAAGGACCAUACUAUUCAACAAAAGUUGCUUCUAUGAAAAAAAGAUCAAGGUGUAUAUUUUGUGAAAAUCCUAUUUUAAGUUGUAUUGGAUUUACUAUUCAAUGUGAAGCAGAUAAAUGUAAUAUUAAAUAUCAUCCUAUGUGUGGUUUAAAAUAUGGUGCUACUUUUAAUAUUUUUCCUGAUGAUGGAUAUAAAAAUUUAUCUACCACACAUUGUCCACUUCAUUCAAAUUCUGAAACAGAGAAAAGUAAAAGUUAUUCAAUUUAUCAUGUAUUUAAAAAGGAAUUUGAAAGUCUAUCAGAUCUAUCAAAAAAAAAUAAUAUAAUUCAGGAAUCUCAUAAAAAAGCAUUUACAGCUCAAAAAAAAUUAAUGGAUAAUGCUUAUAAAGAAUGGGUAGAUAAAAUAAAAUAUAAUAAUAUAAAUUGUAAUGUAAUUCCAUUUUCAAAAAAUAUACUAGAUCAAUUAAUUGAUAAAGAAAUAUUAUGUGAUCCAAAUCUUGAUCUAACAAAAUCAUUUGAUACUUUUAUAUCUAAAAUAAAAGCUCCAAACAAGGAAUUAACAAUAUUAAAUAAAAGAUUUAAUGAAUUAUUAUCAGGUUCACUACAAAAUAUAGUUAUUGAAUGUUUAUCAUUAACAAAAACGUCAAAUUUAACUUUACCAAAGUUAAAUAAUAAAACCAAAUCCACAAAAUAUUCUUUAUCUGAUAGUAAAAAUAUAAUGACACAAAUAUAUGAUCAACUUUUUUCCAUAUCAGACGAUGCUAUCUUGAAAGUUAUCGAUGCUCGUUUAAAAAAUGCUAAAGAAGAAGAUAUUGAUAAAGAGAUAAAAUUUAUUAAAUCAUUUUUAAUUUUCAAGAAAGAAUAUUUAAAAUGUAACAAAAAUAAUUUACAAGAUGAAGAUUUUAUCAAAAGUUGUAUGGUAGAUUUAUAUAAAUGUCUUCAUUAUUAUAAAAACCGUUAUGGAUCUCAAGAAUAA